AUGGAGCAUUCGGGGGCGAACAAGGGUUUCUUCCAGCCUGCCCCGAUUUUGCCGAACCAGUUCUAUGACGAUGUUUCCUUUCGCAGAUGCUUCAAACUAUUCCUCCCGUUUAGCGUGAUCACGGAGGUCGAGGCUGAAGUCGCAGCCUUGGGUAGGGAUGUCCUCUCCGACGAGGUGUUUGCCUGGGUCACAGAUGCCGAGCGCAACAAGCCCUAUCUCAAGGGCAGCGGCCGCGAUGCCUUUGGUAGAUGGCACGGUGAGCUGGUAACUGGCGAGGGAUGGCGCGAGCUGCAAAAGUUUGGCCUUUCUAGGGGCAUCGUUGCCACCGGCUAUGACACGCCAUAUGGCGCAUUUUCUCGUCCGCUACAGUAUCUUCGUCUGCACCUCUGGGAGGCCUCGUCCGCCAACGUCACCUGCCCCUCUGCGAUGCAAGAUGGCGCGGCCGCUCUUCUCAGGAGGCACCUGGCGUCUAGACGUAUCAGCGAGGCGGAGCGCAAGGUCUUCGAGGAUGCCUAUCGCCGCCUCAUUUCUCGCGACCCAAGCGUUGCCUGGACUAGCGGCCAGUGGAUGACGGAGCGAUCUGGAGGUAGCGACGUAUCUCAGACAGAGACCAUUGCCGAAUAUCAGCCCGAAGAAGCCGAGGGCGCGCUCGCAUCGAGAGAAGGCAAGAUACCUCUCGGACCGUGGAGCAUCAAUGGGUUCAAAUGGUUUUCGUCCGCAACAGACUCCAACAUGACCAUUCUGCUCGCCCGUACUUCCCAAGGCGGGCUGAGCACCUUUUUGGCACCUAUGCGGCGACACGACCCUAAUGCCAAAACCAUGACUGGAUACCCCAAAGCUAACGGAACUCGACUCAACGGCGUCUGGAUCCAGCGGCUCAAGAACAAGCUGGGCACACAGUCGCUUCCAACUGCCGAGCUCGUGCUUGAAGAUAUGCGCGGCUGGAAGAUUGGCGAAGAGGGCAAGGGCAUCCAGGAGAUUAGCACAAUCUUGACUCUCACUAGGAUUCACAACGUUAUUACGGCUUGCGGUUACGUUGGUCGCGGAUUGGGUAUUGCAAGGGCAUAUGCGCGUCGACGAGAAGUCGGGGCUGGCCGCGGUAUUCGGAUGAAGCUGACUGAAAGCGCGUUACAUAUGCGCACUCUAGCCAAGCUGACGGCCGAAUAUCACGGAUUGAUGCUCCUCAGUAACUACUGUGGCUAUCUUCUGGGCAUUUCAGAGCACGAGGCGACGCCGCCAACGUCGGCUCUCGCCGCUCUUACACCAGCAGAUCAGCUCAUCGAGCCACUCCUCCGUAUUGUUGUGCCACUUGCCAAAGCCUACGUGUGCAAGGCGUCUGUCCCGCUGCUUUACUCGUGCAUGGAAUCGCUCGGUGGCGUGGGCUAUCUCGUUAAUGAAGAGCAGGAAUACCUCAACGUGGCUCGACUCUACCGUGACUGCUGUGUCUUGCCCAUUUGGGAGGGCACAACCGACGUCUUGUGCACGGAUAUGAUCCGCGCUCUCAAGCAUCCCAAGACCGGGACUCAGUCGUUGGAUGCUCUUGAGAACUUCAUCAAGACUUCAUACGCCCUCAACAGUGAAGGUGGCGUCGUCAGGCCCUUUGAAUGGGAUCCUGUAGCCAAGUGGACUGCUCUGCGAGCAUAUAUUGACGAAAGGAAGCAGGCUGACCUGGUCGGCGAGGGUAGGGAGAUUCUGUGGGAUAUUGCCGAAAUUCUCAUUUCCCUGUUGCUUUUCGUUGAUGUCAGUACCGAUGCAAACGAGGCAGCACAAGAAAUCUUCCGUCGGUUUAUCGAGGACAAAUUUUCAAGGGAGAAGCGCAAGAGAGAUACCACGGCGGAGGAGCUGAACAGGGACUUGGCUAUUGUGUAUGGUGUAGAGGAGGCAGAGGCUGUGAGCAGGGAGAUUAUCGUUCCGAAAUUGUAACAAAUAGUUGUAUCUUGAAAUUUUCCUUCUUUUCUUUUUCUUCCUGUUGUUUUUCGGAUUUUAGGGAUGGUAGGGAUGGGCAAGGAUCUAGUCAGAAUAUUGCAUUGCUUGGCGGUCACUAUGUACUAUAAUUUAUAUCUAACAAAAUAUUUGGAGUGGCCGGCACUCCGUAGCUGCAAAAUAUAUACAUGAAAGAAGUUGAGAG